AUGCGGACGUCGAGAGUAUCUCGAGAUACUGCUCAAGUAGCAAAUGCUCUGUCGUCGCGAGGAUCAAAUGGCAACGCUCCCAGGCGCUCUCUACGCAACUUUGCACAUAACGCAGAUGUGAACUAUGCCCAAGAUGAAGCGAGCUCGGAUCUGUCUUCGCUGCCCUCGAGUGCCUCUCCGUCGAGUGCAUCACCAUCACCUCCUCCUUCAGGUCGCAAACGCAAGCGUACAGUCAAGACCGAAGCCCUUUCUCCGAAUCCUUCAGCCGCAAAUCGCAACACCAAUCUGCCAAAGAAGACGAAGCGACAGCCAGCUAAGCGCAUCAAGGGCGAAAAUGGCCGUGUCGAGCCUCCCUCANAUUGGGAACAAGUGUAUAACAUGACGGCUGAGAUGCGCAAGAAAGUCCUCGCUCCAGUUGAUACAAUGGGCUGCGAGUCGCUGGCCGAGCGUGACCGCUCCCCAAUCGACCGACGAUUGCAAACACUGAUUGCGCUGAUGCUAAGCUCGCAAACAAAAGAUACCGUCACUGCUGUCGCUAUGAAGACGUUACAAGAGAAUCUCGAAGGAGGUUUUAAUCUUGCUGCAUUGCUCACAGUCGAGCCAGCACGCCUGAACGAAUUGAUCGCAAAGGUCGGCUUUCACAACAACAAGACCAAGUACAUCAAGGCGACUGCUGAGAUUCUUCGGGAUCGCUUCAAUGGCGACAUUCCAGAUACGAUAGAAGGGUUGGUUUCGUUACCUGGAGUUGGUCCCAAGAUGGCCUAUCUUACCAUGUCUGCUGCAUGGGGCCGCGACGAGGGCAUUGGCGUUGAUGUGCACGUCCAUCGCAUCACCAAUCUCUGGGGCUGGCAUGAAACCCGUAACCCCGAAGAAACUCGGGCAGAGCUUGAGAGCUGGCUUCCGAAAGAUAAAUGGCACGAUAUCAACCAUCUUCUUGUAGGGUUCGGUCAGACUAUUUGCUUGCCUGUUGGUCGCAAGUGCAACGACUGCACUCUAGCAACAGAAGGCCUAUGUCCGAGUGCUGUCAUCAAGAAAGAGAUUGCAAAGAAAGUGAAAAAGGUCGAGGACGAGGACAAUGUCAAGACUGAAACCGGACCAGUCGUCAAGGAAGAGAAGGCUGACGAAGAUGCUCCACCGCUAGACGUUCCGCUUUCUGGUACUGGCACUGUGCCAGAUAUCGAGGGCAUGGGUGCAGGUAUCAAGAACGAGGAAAUGUGA